GCACAAGGUCGAGAAUUCCACGAAUAUCGAUGACGUGGUGAUGAUUGUAUACACACAAUGCAAUCCGCGCCCAUGGAAGUCCCAUGAUACCGGCCGUACAUCUACAUGCAUUGCGCAUACGUACGUGUAUCUCUAUGUGCACUAGCUCCAUGCUACCAGCUACAGCUGUAGGAAUUGAAUGCAUUCUGCAUGAAUUGUACGCAUAUCACAUGCACACGUACACUGUGUAUGUACGUACGUAGCGCAUGUAUAUUUAAACCACGUGGUACGUAACACAAAAUAGAGACGACUCCUGUCGACCUCACGCUUGUUUUGCCCUUUCCUUCAUCAACCUGGACUGACAUUUCCUAUUUUGCACUUCAAAAUAAAGAAUACAACCGUGGGCAAAAUGGCCCAAGUAAAUAAUUCUUUUGAAUUUGGGGAUCCACCUGAUGCUGGUCUAGAAUGGCAUCAGCUAAUGCAGAAUGAAGGCUAUGAUCUGAGCAAGUUUGAACUGGUUGCUGUCCCAGAGGAGUUUUCUGAUGCAUCAGGCACAGAUCUGCUAGGCCAUGGAGGUCUCUUGGAAUAUGAUGGAGUCUUGGAUGUAGAGGGCAGUGACAGUGACGAAUCAUGUGUGGACCCAGGUGAAGGAUUUAAUGUCACCAUUGAGCAUGUGGGAGAUGACUUCGGCCAAGGCUCUGGAUUGGUCCAUCUGCUUGAAGUACCUCAAAACCUGAGCAGCGAUACCAAGCAAUACCAUAAAGAUGAUAUUUUAGAUGUUGGAAUUGAAGCAUGUGAUCUGAAAAGUCUCUUGGAGCAGUUUGAAGAGAGUGAGCAGCCGCGUGCAAAACCAGUUCCACAACCAGUAUCCUCACCAGCACCAAAGCCAUCAAUGAGGGAACCAAGGGUCGUAACAAAGAUGAAGGAACUCCCAAGCCCUGCGGAAGUUAUCAAGAAGAUUGCGCCAGUGAAGAGGAAAGGGGCUAUUCUUCUUGACCCUACAACUCUACCAGCAAAGAAAGUCAAACCCAAACAGGUUUCCCAGAAUCAUGAGGUCAGCAAAGCGAUUCAGCUUGCCAGGAGCACCCACGCAGCUUCACCUAUCCCGUUCAACUUGAAACACCUGAUUCCUGCUCCGAAGUACCUCAGUAUGGAGCACGACUACUGCAUGAGUCCUGCUGCCUCAGAGAAGAGCACCGGAUCUGACUUACCUAACCAGAUGACCAAAGAAGAGAGACGAGCGUACUACAAGUAUAAGUACAGAAUCAAGAAGAAAGUCAAUGGCGUGGAUAGUCCGUCAAAGAGUUCAUCUGUGAGUAGUUCACCGCGUAGUUUGUCACCAGCAAGUAUGUCGCCAAACCCUGGCGGUGUUGAAGUCAGUGAUGGGAAGGUACCAAAGGCUAAUCCAGCGGCGGUUGUUCCACUGUUUGAUAAGAUACCAGGGUACUUUUCAAAGAAGCUCCUAGUGGGUAUGUACCGUGAAAUAAACAGUGAGGACCCCUCCAAACAGGUGCAUCAAGGAUAUGACCAGAAUAUUUUUGUCAGCAGUGAGAAUGAUGGUGGGAAGAUACAAGACUCGAGCAAGGAGAGGAAGAGUAGACUGCACAUUCGACGACGCCAUUGUCGUUCUUACCGUGACUCGCGAAGGAAAAACUCAUUGUCAUCCCAGUCCGAUAGUUCUUGUUGCAGCUCGUGUUCGGAACGCUCCCAUAAUCCAGGUGAAAGUGAUCUUGAACGUGACAACCGAUCUAGGAAUCCGAACCAGCGUGUGCAAAGAAGGAGACGAACUAGAGACAGUGUUUGCUCUGCACGGUCACGGAACUCCCGUUCCCCAUCAUACUCACGCUCAAGGUCUCCUGCCUAUUCAUCCCACAGUGAUUAUGAUUCUCACAGACAUUCCCGCUCAUUUUCACGAUCCAGGUCACGUUCCUUCUCACGAUCCAGGUCGAGAUCAUAUUCGAGGUCCCCCUUUUACUCAAGAUCACGUUCAAGGUCUAGAUCGCAUUCUCGCUCCAGGUCAAGACCACGGUCGCGAUCAAGAUCCCCUAGAGACUACAGUAGAAGAUCACGAUCCUAUUCACGUUCUUUGUCCAGGUCCCCAAUCAGAACUAGUAGAUCAUCAAGUAGGAGAUUUAGUAGGUCACCUCAUUCAAGGUCAAGAGGAAGGUCAAUGUCGAGAUCAUUAUCCAGGUCAAGGUCACGUCCUCAUAGUAGACAUAGAGACAAUAACAACAGAUCUUAUUCACAAAUCCGAACGCAUGAUCCCCAUGGUAACAGCACUGAGGUCCUCUAUUCAGCUCAACAACUUCAAGAAUUUGAGGAAAGGCGUGUUGUGUACGUAGGUAAUAUCUCAGAUGACACCUCAAGAUUGGACCUCAUGAAGCAGUUCUCACGGUUUGGGCCUGUUGACAAAAUUCAGCUCUACUUUAGAAAAGAUAUGGAUAACUAUGGAUUUGUGACCUUUCACUACAAGUGUGAUGCUGUUGCUGCCAUUACAGCUGGACAUGACCCUAAUUGGCCCAAGUAUGACCUCUGCUUCGGAGGAAGAAGGAAGUUCUGCACAAAAAAAUAUGAAGACCUUGAUUCAUUGAACAAUGCAUCAGCGGAUCUUGACUAUGGUUACCAUGGAAACAGAGAAAAAGAGGAAGAUGAUGCCUCUGCUAAAGAUGAAGGACCAGAAGAGAGUGAAUUUGAUAAACUGCUCAAGGCAGCCAUGAAGAAUAAAAAUAAGAGUAGAUGAUGAUGGAGACAAUAUCUCCUUACUCUCACUUUAUGGAAUAGGAGAACGCGCAUGUUACUGAUGAAUUCUUGAUCAUGUAUUAUGAGAUAUAAUGUGAAAAGUACUCAGUUUGUGAUGAUGGUAAUCACUAUAAAGAAAGUUAUUUCAAUCAAUUCAGAAAGCAGAAUGCAUUUUUUGUUGCAGUUUGGUAAUUCUCUACAGAUUUUUUUUUUUUGCUUUCAAAGAUCUGAAUUAUUUUUAGGAUCAAAGAUUAUUUUAAAAAUGAAGGUCAAUGAUGGUAAAUAAAUUUUUGUUAACUGCUGUUUUAUUUUGUACACAAAGUGCUCUUUUUAUCACGAAAAAAGUAAAAUUCAAUUGGAAUUAGAUUGGAUGAAAUUUUCAAAUGAGAAUUGAAAAAGAGAUGUUUUCAUUUCUGGUACAUGUUUAUUUACAUGAUAUACCAAGAUUUUCUUUCAGGGCAAAAAUAAAUGGGCAUUACUAUGCAUAUUUAUUGCUUUGUACCAUUUAUAAUCAUUUCCAUCUUGGUAUAUUUAUUUCCAUGGUGAUUUUUUUUAGUCUUGGGCAUUAAAAUUAUCAAUGUUGUUGAGCUUCUAUGUGUAUAUUGUUGCACCACUGAAAUCAUCAAAUCAUUCAUAGCAAACAAUAUCAACACACAAGCAUUAUUCUAUGAGCCUGUCUUCAUUCACUUACCCCUUAUUCUUGAUACAGGUCAAUACUUUUUCUUUCCACACAUCAUUGCUUAGGGUACCACAUAUAUCUUUCACAUGUAGUAGAAGUAGUUGUAGUAGAAGAAGAUGUAGUAGAAUUAGAAAUCAAGCUUUUAGUAAUAGCAACUGUACAGUAGGGAGAAUACAUGUAUAUGUUUCCCGACACAUCAAAGAAAACUUAUGAAUUUGAUUACAGUAUAUUGUCUUUAAAUAUAUCAUUUUGGGGGUCUUGGGGAAUUCUUUUUUUUAAAUAGAGUUCAGCAGUUGAACUAAAAGGGACAUCUAAUAUUUUCUUUAAAAAAAUAAAAGAAAAUAGAGCAGAGUGGUGAAAAAUUGACAACUGGAAGUACUUAAAGAUGAAAAUUGUAAUUAAUCUUUCUACAUAAAUUAUGUGAACUUCAAAGUGGCUGGAAAGCUUACGAAACUGAUUUGGGUAGGGGCAAUGCUCACAAAUCCUGAAAGGAAAAAAAUUAAAAGAUUUUGCAUUGUAAAAAUCCACUCAAAAUGGACAAAGAAAAUGUGUUUUUAUCGAAUUUCGAUUCCUCUCAAAUUUAAUAUUACAAGUUUGCUACGUAUGACACAUGUAGAACAUUUUGGCUAAAAUUUUUUUUUUUACUGUAUCAUGGAAAGAAUGGUAAUCUAAUUUGAAAUUGUUGAAUCGUUCAGUACUUUAUUUUUCAGGUCAAUCAACAACAUGAUCAACAACAACGUGUUCAGUAUGUUAGAAAAAAAAUGUGAGAUAGCAUUGAUUGUUGCAAAGAAUGCAAAAGGAAAGAAGAACUUUUAUUUAAAUUUUAUUCAUCAUGAGAAAGUUGAAUUCAUGAUUGAAGAUGUGCUUAAUACCUUCAAAACUUAAAAAUGAUAUAUUUCUUUUUUUUUUCUUUGUCAAGAAAUGCAUUUAAGUUUCUUUUUUAUAUGAAUAUCUCAAUGUCUUUUUUUUAUUUGAUUUAGUGCCAAAAGUGAAAGUUGUAUGUAUUGAUACUUAAUUUUAUAUAAAAAAAGGUUAUAAAAUGCUCUAAAACUUAUUUUUUAUAUUGAAUUUACAACAACAAAAAAUGUAAGAAAAAUACAUAGAUAUGAAUUAUGUACGACUAUGUGAAAGGGAUUUAUAAGUUGGAUUGAGAUAAUUUGUAUGGUCUAAUUUUCGGUUGUAUGGUAAUUUGUUUAAAGUUGAGAAAUGCUCAAUUAUUUGCAACACUAGUGUGAAGGAACUGUAUUAGAAGUAAAUAUUUUAUAUUUUAAUGCAUCUAAUCAUAAAAAAAUGAACAUAUACCUCUUCCUUUGUUUUAUCUCUUUUUAAUAUUUGUUUUUUUAUGAUUGCAUUGUUGGGAAGUUAGUGAUGUACAAGUAACUCCUAUAAAGACAAAUAUCUUGAGACCACAGAAAUCUGUUUGACUUGAGAAAGGGUCUAAUUACAAUAUUUUGCAUAAUUGGGUGGGUGUUUUAUAAAGCUGUUUGUAAAGUUACCAGAGACUUUACAAGUGACUGGUGAUCCUUUCUUGGGAACAACAUCAAUGAAAAUCUGGUGUGCAUCAUUCACAAAGGAUCACCAGUCAUCCAUAAAGUCUUAUGUUAAUUACAAACAGCUUUAUGAAAUACCCACCAAGGUCUUAAAAACUGCUUUGACUUAGGGUUGAAUUUUCAAUGUAUGGGGUCAACAUAUUCAAGUUUUUCUGUACUGUUUACCUUUGUUUGACGGUGGGAGCAGUAAAUGUGUCCUGUUCAGCGAUUUUUUUUCCUACCAAGUUGCUGCUCCACAAUGUCAAAGACAAAGCAGAGCAACAAUAUGUAAUAUUGCUCUUGGAUUGUUCCACAUAUCUAUAAAAACAUUUUUACUUGUAUUUUUUCCUCUUAUGAUCUAGAUGAAGUUUUGUUUUGAAUGUAGUUGAAUGCAAGACCUAUUAAUUUUUAUUUUUUUUAAUUUUAUCUGAAUUUCCAGUAUUAAUCAUUGAUAUUUUGUAAAUUCUAUCAUUUUUACAAUUUGUAUGUUCGUAAGAAAACUAUCCAAUUUAUUUCCUUCAAAUUUUUUUUACACAUGCAUAUGAAAAAAAAUCAUCUACUUGGAAGUCGAAACUAUUUUUGUUAUGAGAGGUUUAUUGCAGCAAAGUAGAUUUAAUUGAUUGACGUUCUUAGCCAAGGAUGAAAUCAAGCAGUCGAGGGCUAAUAUACUUAGGACUGUUUGAAAUGUGAAAAAUGAAAAUGAAAAAAAAAGGAAUCUUCAAAAAAUGAAAUAAUAAUAAUAAUGGUGGCUACUUAUAUAGCGCACAGGUCCACCUUUCGGUGCUCAUGGCGCUUCAAGGAAAAUAAACACAAAACACAACAAUAGAAAACAAAAACGAAUAGAAUUUGAAUUCUCCUGAAUAAACACAAUAUUAAACUGCUAAUGGGAGAUUAAAUAAGUUUUCAAUUGGGACUUGAAUGCUUCUGUUGAUGAAAUUUGGCGUAAUUGGAUAGGCAGUUGAUUCCAUAGCUUUGGUCCUAUAACAGAGAAUGCAUGGUCCCCCCAUUUGUGUUUUGUUCUGGGUGUCUGGAGCAAUAGAGAAUCAGAUGAUGAGCGAAGACUACGUGAAGGCUGACAUUUUGAGAUAGAGCUGCUGAGAUAUGUGGGGAAGAGAGAAUAAAUUGAAUGAUGUAUUAGUAAAAGAAUUUUGAAGGUGAUUGUUUUACCAACAGGCAGCCAAUGUAAGGACUGGAGGAUUGGCGAGAUGGAGUCAUACUUUUUAGUGUAGGUUAGGAGACGGGCAGCAGAGUUUUGUAGACGUUGAAGUUUUGUCAAAUCUUUUUGUGGGAGGUUACAGAACAAUGAGUUUGAAAAAUCUAAACGGGAGGAAAUUAAAGCAUGGAUAAGUAUCUCGGCUGCAGGUUUAGACAGUGACUUUCUGAUGAAACUCAAAUUACGUAGUUGAUAUCUGACAUUUUGUUGGACUUGAGUAAUGGAGAAAUAGAAUCAAAUGGUGGUAUUCAAUACAAAUUGCAAGUUUGUCAUUUUGUUCAUUUUACAUAUAUUAAUGGAAUUUCAUCUGAAAAUCAGACCGAGGAAGCUCCUAAUUUUCAUAUUAUAGCUUUUGUUACCCCAUAUUUUGUCCAAAAUGAAGUAGAAUACUGUAUUUUUUUUUUCUCCACUGAAGCCAGUUAUGAAAAGUGAUCACAAGACGAUGAAGAAGUAUGGUUAUUUAAAUACUUUGUUUAUAAUUGUAUGCUCGUUAAUCACAGCAGAGGUUGUGCUGUUGGUUUCUGCUUAUGUGGGGGCAUCUUUAUACAGUUUGCUUCUGAGUAAUAGGUACAUGAAAGUUGCGAACAUGUAUUUAAAAUGUAUCGUCAAUAAAAAUUCAACUGCAUUAUACUUUGAAA